AUGGUUCAUACAAACGGCGAGGAGUGCAACGAUUUACUUAUGAAUUCAGAAAAUAAAAAUCUGCAAGUAUUUGAGAGGAAACAGACUGAAUAUAAAGAUCUUGCGAAGAAAUUCACGAGCACCAAAAGAGAUUAUUCAAAACAGUUUGCACAUAUAUACGCUGUCAGACUUGCUGAAUUAAGGAACGUUUUGAUACCACGAGUUCAGACUAAAUGGGGAAGUGUCCCCAUAGUGAAAUUAGCUGAUUUGGAAAAAUUCGAGGGCCAAGAAUGUAUACUAAUUGGUACGCUUUAUAAGCACCAGCAAUGGAAGCCAUCGAUCUUACGUGAACUCAGCGAAGAGCAUCAGCUUACUGCUCCCUGUUCUCGAUCAGAUUAUUGUUCCGAAAAGGAUCAACCCUUUUUAGAGGAUGAAAUGUUGCGCAUUAAAUUAGUAGGCGAACAAGUUGAUAUAAAAAAUAUUGUUACUGGGGUUGUUUGCGCCAUAGUAGGUAACGAGAACAAUGACGGAACAUUUAUGGUUAAAGAUUGGUGUUUUCCUAACUGUCCGCCAAAAACAUCUUUAACAAAAUGUACAUCGACGGGAAAGCUAGUGAUAGUAUCUGGAUUGGAUUUGUCUAAAAGUUCUGAAAGUUUAGGAACAUGCCUCUUUGUCGAAUGGCUGUGCGGAAUGGCUGGUAACGUAAAAGUACAAAAAGAUGGAGCUUCCAUUGUUAAUCUUAUUAUAGCAGGUAAUACUAUAAAAAGUAAUAACACGAAAUACUCGGCAGCGGACACAUUAGCUAAAGAAAUUGGAGAAACAACAAAAACUGCUGAUAUAUUUUUAAGUAAUUUAUCAUCGUGUUGCUAUGUCACUUUAAUGCCAGGCGAAUAUGAUCCUACUAAUUCUAUGUUUCCUCAAAUACCAUUACAUCCCUGCCUAUUACCAAAAUCAUCUAGACUUGACACUUUUAAAAGUACUACAAAUCCAUGGAUUGGUAAAAUUGAAGAGCAAGUAAUAAUUGGUACUAGUGGUCAAUCGAUCAAUGAUAUUGUUAAAGCAACAGGUGAAACUAAUACUUCACCUAUUGAAUGGCUAGAGAAGACUCUAUUAUGGAGACAUAUAUGCCCAACUGCUCCAGACACAUUGUUGGCCUGCCCAUAUUACGAAAGUGAUUUAUUUAUUUUAAAAGAAUGUCCAGAUAUAUAUUUUGUGGGCAACACCGAGAAAUUUGAAACAAAACUUUGGAAAGGCGACGAGAACCAAGUCGUUAGACUCAUAUCAGUUCCGCGUUUUAGCACCACCCAUACUGCGGUCAUAGUAAAUUUGGAAAAUUUAGAAACGCAAUAUAUUUCCUUUGGCGAUGCAUAAAUGAAUACUCUAUAUA